UGGAGAAAUGACAAUAGGAUCAAAAUGAGGAUUAUCAAUGUAUCGGCAUGAGACGAACAAGAAGGAAUAUUGGAAGACAGAGAGAGAGAGAGAGAGAGAGAGAGAGAGAGAGAGAACCGUUAUGCACCGUUAUGCAUGUAUAGUUUACAGAACUGUCGUAAGCUGAAACCAUAACCGAUACAUAUUCUCAAUGAAGUACUUGCAUAGCUACAUACAGUCGGGACUGUAACAAGGUCACGAUCAGUAUCAUUCUGCUCUUCGUCGAGUAACAUCGUUCAGAUGUUCCGUCUCUUUAUUUAUCGAUUGAUCAGCAGAUCCCAUAUUCGCGAUCCCACCUGCUCGUAUUCAUUUCACUUCGAUAUUUCAAUACAACGGAAGAAUUAUUUUUAUAUAUUUUUCACAGCUCAUCAAAAAUUGUUGCUGGAUGUGUUUAGAGUGUACUAAAACAAUACAUAUAUUUGCUUUUGUUAAAUUUAUAAACAUAUCGAAAACGUGCGACACGCGGAUUGACUUUGGUAAAAUCUAAAUAAGAUUCGAAAGAAGUUCUUCACUAAGAAGCACCGUGAGAAAACAAAAUGGGCAUCGAAAGCUUUCUGACAGGAGGUUUGACUUCAGCAUCAACUAAUGGAUUUUCAUUCUUCUUUCCGAUUCUUGCUGCGACACUUGCCUAUUUUCAUUAUAAAGUUCUGGAUAAUGAAGCACCACCAAUCAACGUGCCGUCAGAGAUGCUAUUACCUUCGUAUCACUUUAUAGUGAUAGGCGGUGGUAGUGCAGGAGCUGUAAUUGCCAGCCGUCUAUCUGAAAUUGAAGAUUGGAACGUGUUGUUGCUAGAAGCAGGCGGUGACGAACCUGAGAUCUCGGAUGUACCUCUUUUCGCCGGAUAUCUUCAACUGAGUCAGCUGGAUUGGCAAUAUAAGACUGAGCCACAUGGUGAUUCUUGCCUAGCAAUGGAGAACGGCCGUUGCAAUUGGCCUCGAGGUAAGGUUCUGGGCGGAAGCAGCGUGCUUAAUUAUAUGCUCUAUUUAAGAGGCAACAAACGAGAUUACGACAUUUGGGAGCAGCAGGGUAAUCCUGGCUGGAGUUGGCGUGAUGUCCUGCAUUACUUUAAGAAAUCUGAGGAUAAUCAGAAUCCUUACUUGGUUCACACACCGUAUCACGCGAGCGGCGGAUAUUUGACGGUGCAGGAGGCACCGUGGCACACACCCUUAGCGACGGCCUUCGUCGAGGCUGGUCAAGAAAUGGGAUACGAAAAUCGCGAUAUUAAUGGCGAAUUUCAAACCGGCUUUAUGAUCGCUCAGGGCACUAUUAGACGUGGCAGUCGCUGCUCCAGUGCAAAGGCUUUUCUUAGGCCAGUCAGACUCAGGAAGAAUCUGCACAUAGCAAUGCACGCGCACGCUACUAAAGUGUUGGUGCACCCCAAAACAAAGUAUACCUACGGGGUAGAAUUCGUCAGGAACGAGAAGGUUUUUCGUGUGCGCGCAAAGAAGGAAGUGAUUGUAUCUGGCGGGACUAUAAAUUCGCCGCAGCUACUUAUGCUAUCAGGAAUCGGGCCGAAGGAACAUUUGCGAGAGCUCGGUAUUCCCGUGAUUCAAGAUAGCAAGGUAGGUAGCAAUUUGCAGGAUCAUGUUGGCUUGGGUGGACUUACAUUCAUGGUUAAUCAAGAGGUUUCUAUAGUGGAAAAACGGGUUCAAAACAUCCAGAUAUUGAUGGAAUACGCUGUACUAGGCAGUGGACCUCUGACGGUGCUUGGAGGUGUUGAGGGCAUCGCCUUUGUUAACACCAAAUAUGCAAACGCUUCGCUAGACUUUCCCGACAUUGAGUUGCAUUUCAUUUCCGGUUCGACGAAUUCGGAUGGCGGCAGACAACUGAGGAAAAUCCAUGGACUAACAAAGAAGUUCUAUGACGCCGUUUUCAGACCGAUCAACAACAAGGACACAUGGAGUGUACUUCCUAUGUUGCUACGACCAAAAAGUCGCGGUGUAAUCAAGUUGCGCAGUAAAAAUCCAUUUGAUUAUCCUCUCAUUUAUCCGAAUUACUUCAAGGAAGCGGAAGACAUCGCCACAUUAGUAGAGGGAGUGAAGAUCAGUGUGGCCCUGAGCAGGACCAACGCCUUUAAGCGAUUUGGAAGCGAGCUCAACUCGCAUCAGUUUCCAGGAUGCAAACAUAUACCCAUGUAUACUGAUCCUUACUGGGAAUGCAUGAUCAGGUACUACAGUUCCACCAUCUACCAUCCCGUCGGUUCAUGCAAAAUGGGUCCUUAUUGGGAUCCCGAGGCUGUCGUAGAUCCUCAGCUUAGAGUCUAUGGCAUAACUGGGUUGCGCGUGAUUGAUGCUUCAAUCAUGCCAAACCUCGUAAGUGGAAAUACGAACGCGCCAGUAAUUAUGAUAGCCGAGAAAGGCGCAGAAAUGAUUAAGGAAUAUUGGUUGAAAUUUCCGAGAAACACAUAGCUAGCGAAUAAUAUAAUAAGACCUGUACGCUUAUCUUCAUGACGACGAGUAACGAAAUAUGUGAUAAUAUGAUAACACUAGUGCUAUCGACACGAAGACUUAAAAAAAGUAUUAAAAAUUCUGGACUUUACAAUUUUGUUAUAUUUAUAAGCAUAUCAGUAUUAUAAGAAUAUUCGAACCUGCCUUAUGAGUCAUUGUAUAUUUACGUGUACCUAACAUAUAUGUAUAAAAACUGAAGAAAAAAAGGAGAAGGGCAAUCUCCAUUGAUCUUGACGUUACAUACAUUGUCAAGGUCAUGAUUUUGAGUGACCUUUAGAAGGUUUUAACCAUUGUUCCUUAUUUGUUAAAAACUUAUUAACAAAUUUCAUAAAUAUAUAGAAUAUAAUUUAUGGCCAGAAGAUAUGCAUUUUGUAAGUAGUAUAAAUAUGUAUAUUUAAUCCAUGACAUGUUGUAAAAUAUAAGCGCGGAUGCAUGUAGUAGGUUUGGCGCCCCUCUUCUUACGGAGCUUCACUACCAAAAAAACUAGACACAUAGGUUUGGGCUGGCCCUUGUUUCAGCAAGUUGUACAUUCACGUGAAACCGGUGGAAUGAAUAGAAAAACACCGAACUUGAUGGUACGCAAAUAGAAAAAGUGGCCUUGAUUCGUGUUCCCUAAUUGGGAGGGAAUAGUUUCUCAUGGAUAAACGAUAUUUUGUAAGACAAUAUAUUAAUAUCAAUUAUAGUAAUAUUAUUAUA